GCUAUGGACUCCGUGGUGUCCAUUGUAAUGGUUCCCGUGUGAAAGAGUUGAGGUGACGUGUACGUUAUUUUCCAGUUUUCCAGCGGUGGUUUUGCAACAUGAAUGCCUUUAAACGGGACAAAAAGGAGGAAGAAGAUGGUGGAGGAAAUCCCUUUCAAAAUCUGGAGAAGACAACCGUCCUUCAGGAAGCACGUACUUUCAAUGACACUCCGGUCAAUCCAAGAAAAUGCGCGCACAUCCUCACAAAAAUAUUAUAUCUGUUGAAUCAAGGAGAGCAGUUGGGUACCACGGAAGCUACCGAAGCCUUCUUUGCCAUGACCAAACUGUUCCAAUCUCGAGAUGUUGUUCUAAGGAGGUUGGUCUAUCUAGGGAUCAAAGAAUUGAGCUCCUUGGCAGAGGAUGUGAUCAUAGUAACAUCCAGUCUAACGAAAGACAUGACUGGAAAAGAAGAUUUGUACAGAGCCGCCGCUAUAAGAGCUUUAUGCACCAUCACAGAUGGGGGAAUGCUGGCAGCUAUCGAACGUUACAUGAAACAAGCUAUCGUAGAUCGUUCUCCUGCUGUUUCUAGCGCAGCUUUGGUUUCUUCGUUGCACUUAACAAGCGUUUCCGGUGAUGUCGCGCGCAGAUGGGCGAACGAAGCUCAAGAAGCGUUGAAUUCUAGUAAUGUAAUGGUUCAGUAUCAUGCUCUAGGUGUUUUGUAUCAAGCUCGCAAGUCGGACAAACACGCUGUAAUUAAGUUAGUCGCAAAACUUAUGAGAACCAGUCCAAAAAGUCCUUACGCGGCAUGUAUGCUAAUUAGAAUGGCAUGUAAACUAUUGGACGAAGUCGACGAAGGGGAAGAGCUGCUAGGAUUCAUAGAGUCUUGUCUGCGUCAAAAGUCGGAAAUGGUAAUAUACGAAGCGGCGCACGCGUUGGUAAAUCUUGGAAGAAGCGGCGCUAGAGAAAUAGGCCCUGCUAUUAGCGUUCUACAACUGUUUUGCGGUUCUCCUAAGCCCGCUUUAAGAUUCGCUGCUGUCCGGACUUUGAAUAAAGUUGCUAUGACUCAUCCAGCAGCGGUUACCGCUUGCAAUUUAGAUUUAGAAAACUUGAUCACCGACUCGAACAGAUCGAUUGCCACAUUAGCGAUUACCACUCUCUUGAAAACUGGAGCGGAAAGCUCGGUAGAUCGACUGAUGAAACAAAUUGCUACUUUCGUAUCAGAGAUUUCGGAUGAAUUUAAAGUCGUAGUCGUACAAGCUAUAAGAGCUUUGUGUCAAAAGUUCCCGCGCAAACACGCAGUUCUAAUGAACUUCCUUUCAUCGAUGUUAAGAGACGAAGGAGGACUCGAAUACAAGGCAGCGAUCGCGGAUACGAUAAUCGCGGUUAUGGAAGGAAACGCAGAGGCGAAGGAGGCAGGUCUGGCUCAUCUGUGCGAAUUCAUCGAAGAUUGCGAGCACAUUUCUCUCGCGGUUCGCAUUCUGCAUUUACUCGGUCAGGAAGGCCCGACUUCGAAGCAACCGUCCAGAUACAUUCGAUUCAUCUAUAAUCGCGUCAUCUUGGAAAGCGCCAGCGUACGCGCGGCGGCCGUCACCGCUUUGGCGCGUUUCGCCGCGGCUUGUCCACCGUUGCUUCCAAACGUAUUGGUGCUUUUGUCUCGUUGUCAAUUGGAUUCCGACGACGAAGUCCGCGAUCGCGCGGCUUACUAUUGCACUAUUCUUCAACAACAAAACGACCCAACCGUGUUACCUUUGAUACAACCACCUCUUUUGUCGGUGCCCAGUUUAGAAAGAGCUCUGCGAAAUUACAUGCGAACACCUAUGGAGGACCCAUUCGAUAUUUCCCAGAUACCACCGGCACAAGCGGCCGAAGAACCCGCGCAAGUGGAAGUACACUCGACCGUGAAACAACAGCAACCUCGUCUGACGCGAGAGGAAAGCUUCAUGGAAAAAUUGUCGCAGAUACCACACUUGACGAUGGUCAUUCACGAGUCGUCGCUGCUCAAGUCUUCGCCCGUCUUCGAGUUAACGGAAUCGGAAACGGAGUACAACGUAAAAUGUAUCAAACAUACGUUCUCGGAACUCCUUGUUCUACAAUUCGAUUGCGUGAACACUCUUUGCGACCAAUUGCUCGACAAUGUAACAGUGGCCGUUGAACCACCGGAGGGCUAUACGGUCGUCUGCGAAGUUACGUGUCCUCGUUUACCGUACAACGAACCUGGUACGACGUACACGGUAUUAAAAUAUCCGGAAGACGUUCACGCUAGCAUCACCACUAUUCCUACGACUCUUCGGUUCACGGCUCGUGACUGUGACCCUGUGACAGGUGAACCAGAUGCCGAGCAAGGGUACAACGACGAAUAUAUGCUUGAAGAUUUGGAAGUGACUUUGGCUGAUCAAGUCCGGGGAAUUGGUAGCAGAGGAUUGGAUUUCAAUGCUGCUUGGGACGCAGCUGUUGCAAAAGAAUUCGCCAAACUCGAGGAAACGUUCGCUUUAGGUCCGUCGGUAACCAGUUUGGAAGGGGCAAUCCAAAGUCUGACAGGAUUUUUGGGCUUAGAUGCCGUAGAACGAUCCAAUCGCGUACAAUCGGGUGCUACUUCGCAUAAUUUGUUAUUGAGCGGCAUUUUCAGAGGUGGAAAAGAAAUUCUUGCUCGUGCGAGAUUAGCAUUGUCUGGUAGUCAAGUAACGAUGCAACUAUCCGUUUUGUGUCAAGACCCAGACGUUGCCGAAUUGAUAGUUUCUUCCGUCGGAUAAAUCGUUCUCGAUACAUAAACUGUACGUGUACGCGUACGUGUAUCGAAUGUUUCUGCUAUGAAAGUCGAUAAUCUAUGCUACGAAUUCCUUACUUAUAGUAUUAGAGAAUUAACGUUGCGAGAGAAAUGAUCGCGAAACACGGGGUUUUGUUAACCUCCAUUUCUAUGUAAUACUUUGUACAUAUUAUUAUAAAACAGUUCUUUAAAUAA